GGCAGGAUGGACGGAUGGACGAACGAACGGAUGGAUGGAGAGAUGGACGGAUGGAUGAGAUUUCUUCAAGUGUGUCAGUGUGCACCUACUUACUUGGAUAUUUUUGACGUUUCCCUUGAUAACACGUUGCACAAUGUCACUAUGUGGCCCACAUUUUAGAGCACACACACACGUCUAACGAGACCCAUCGCAACUAUUAACAGCAUCAUGGGAGAUUUUUUAGACUACAGGUGUUUGAAAAUUCUGGAGAAUAUCCAAUUUCCAGUCUCACAAAUGACACAUAAAUCGAAUUGUUACUGAAAAUCAUGUAUGGCACUUAAAUAAGAAAAUAUACAUUUUACUUGAAUAUUUUGUUUUUCUAUCGUCAAGGCUGCUAUCGUAGCGAUGAAGCGAAGGCCGCCUCAUUUGGCUAUACGACAGAAUCACGUGGGAGAUAGGAGGCGCCCGGUGGGGCGAUUACCUGGAAUCGCUCGACAAAUAAAACCAAAUCGCAAUCUUUCAAGGCCUUCUAAGCUUUAGUCAUGUGUACAGUCGCUCCACUCGGGGGUCAGGGUUGCUGUCAUGUGAUGUAACCAGAUGAUGACAGAGUGUGUGUGUGUGUGUGUUGGGUCCUUGCCACUUUUAACCUUCUCAUCUGCUGCGAGCAGUUAUGAGCAAACCAGUGUGAGGGUGUCAUCAAAACCUUGGACACACAACGUCAAGCACAGAUUGAGUUUCCACAGCCCUCCCGGCAGCCUGGAGCAGCUCCCGAGUGUUUGGCAGCCCGAGUGGAUCGCGGGUCGGGAACGAUGGCGCACCGACUUUAGUGCCAAGUCACUGCGAUGCUCUGCUGAGGAAUGAAUACCAAAUUUUACACCGUGGCAGAUAAGGUGACAUGAACGUGAAAAGAUGCUGCAGCAGGAUGAAGGUGUUUUACCUCCGAGUUCACAAAGAUGACACUCGUGAAGCGACCGUGAUGGCGGAGAGCUUUGAGGAAACCGUGCGUGGAAAGAUGGUGGACGUCCCGAACACCACACGCUUAUUGUGAAGAAUGACGGAAUUCUUCGGGAUGGGAUUUCCCACGGCGGCGCACUCGACGGGUCUGGAUUUUUAACGAGCGUUCCCCGAAAACGAUCAUGUCCUCCGCUCGGCCCGUCCCGACACUGAGCAUCCUACCCCCUUCCUCCGACACUGAAUCCUGGUCCCGAUCGCCCAGCCCCCGGCCCAACCGCACGGGCCGCCACCUGCGCUCCUACCGCACCGGCCGCAGCCGGACUAGGAAGCGGAGUGCGGACAAGCGCUCGGGAACCCCGCAGAUUGUAAUUGAGGAGGAAAUUGGCCCUGCACCCUCUGAGGGCCCUCAGAUAAGAAGUGAGGAGCAGGGCCGGGACCAGGACCUCCUGUUGCCGCCGUGCCAAACUUGGUCGCGUAGCCCCUCUCCCAGCCGGCGCUCUCGGUGGUCCCUCAGGAGCCUGCUGGGCAGGGACUCUGACUGGGACAGCUGCAGCACCGCCAGUAACUCUCCACGCAGCACUCCAGGUAGCUCACCCUCCUUGCGUCGGCGGGUGCUUGGGGGCGGCCGGGCCAGCGAGAGCGAGGGAGGGGGGGAGAAGAGCAGUGGAGGAGGGGGAGGAGGAGGCGGGGGCUCAGACAGCCCCCUGCCGUCCAUACCGUCGGCAUCGUCGCUUACGUCGGCCUACCCGAUUGCCUCGCGACAUUUCAAGAGCAAUGCCAAGAAAAUGCAAAGCUGGUACAAUGUCCUCAGCCCCACGUACAAGCAACGGAACGAGGACUUCCGUAAAAUCUUCAAGAAGCUUCCAGACACGGAACGACUCAUCGUGGACUACUCGUGUGCUCUCCAGAAAGAUAUCCUGCUUCAGGGUCGCCUGUAUCUGUCUGAGAACUGGCUUUGUUUCUACAGCAACAUAUUCCGCUGGGAAACCACUAUCACUAUCCUGCUGAAAGACGUGACCUCCAUGACCAAGGAGAAGACGGCCAAGCUCAUUCCCAACGCCAUCCAGAUCAGCACGGACAAUGAGAAGCACUUCUUCACCUCUUUUGGCGCGCGGGAUCGCAGCUUUAUGAUGAUUUUCCGCCUGUGGCAGAACGCGCUGAUGGACAAGUCGUUGUCCCCCAAAGAAUUGUGGCAUAUUGUGCACCAGUGUUACGGCACCGAGCUGGGCCUCACCAGUGAGGACGACGACUACGUCUCCCCGACCGCCGAGCACAUGAACGGCCUGUUGCCCGGAGAAGAGUCCGUGUCCGUCACCGAUCUUCUGGACCUGAGCUCGGUGUCGCUUCCCUCCUCGGGCAGCUCCCCUCCUCCGCUGGUACCGUGCGCUCAGGCCAGCCCCCCCUCGGCGAGCUACGGCGCGGCAGCCUCGUCCCCGCCCUCCUCUGCUGCCUGCUGCCUGCCCAUCGAGGUGCCGGCCCCGGCGGGUCGCCGGCUCAGCUCGGAUCCCCCGGAGCCGAGCCCGCCCAGCUCCCACGGCUCGGUGGCGUCCGCCGCGCUCACCAAUAACCCGGAGGAAGGCGGGGACAGCCUGUCCGAGGCAGCCGCUCACAUGCUGCCCCUGCCCAACACCAGCCUGGGAAACCUCUCCUCAUUGGACGCCACCAACGACGAGGACCUGCCCACCGACCCCAGCAACUCGUCCGACACGCAGGAGGAGAGUGAGGUGGAGUCGUUCUGCGUGGAUCUGAACGGGCGGCUGCACGUCAAUACGGCCGUGCGAAUGAGCGUGGACAAGCUACACGACCUGCUCUUCUCCGCCGACACGCACUUCAUCCGCCACCUUUUCUCGCAGCGACAUUUUACCGACCUGACGGUGGGCGAAUGGCAGCGGGAUGGCGCCAGCGGGACCACCAGCCGCGUGCUCAGCUACACCAUCGCCCUCAACAACCCCCUGGGGCCCAAGACCGCCCCUGUGGUGGAGACCCAGACGCUGCACAAGAGCAGCGCUCAGGGCGAGUGCUACGUGGUGGACUCCGAGGUGAUCACCUCGGGAAUCCCGUACCAGGACUACUUCUACACGGUCCACAGAUACUGCCUCACCUCCAUCAGCAAGAACAAGAGCCGCCUCAGAAUUUCGUCCGACAUCUGCUACCGGAAGCAGCCGUGGAGUCUGGUCAAAGCUCUCAUUGAAAAGAACACGUGGAGCGGGAUUGAGGAGUACUACCGCCACAUGGAGAGCGAAGUGUGCAAGCUGGAGACGCUGCUUCAGUCCGAAGUGAGCGUGGUGACCGCCGGGGACGUCACCAGCGCCGGCGAGACCACCAAGACUCCGCCGGCCCUGCGACGGCGUAAGCGCACCUGCUCGCGCCGCCAAGGAGAUGGAGGGGGCGGCGCCGAGCGCGGAGACAGGGCCGUCGGGGAGGAGCGAGAGCGCAGGGACGGCGGUGCUCAGUAUAAGAAGUUGGGAGAGCGCGCCCGUGGCGGAGCACAGAAUAGCGUCUCCACCAUCCUCCUCAUCGUCAGCUUCAUCCUGGUGGUGCUGGUGGCGCUCAACAUGCUGCUUUUCUACAAGCUCUACGCUCUGGAGAGGGCGGCACACACGCUGGAGACGUGGCACUCGUACUCACUGGCGGACAGUCCUCUUCCUCAGACGGCAGGAGAGUGGGCUCAGGUGUUGCAGCUCCAGAGACAGUUCCACCAGGCGCAGCUCAGCAAGUGGCAGCAGAUUCUACAGUCAUCCGUGGCUCUUCUUGACCAGAUGAAGCAGUCACUUGAAAAACUCCACCAAGGCAUCGCCGUCCCCGGGGUCCACCAGGACCAGCCGGCCGAGACGGACUCGUGAGCCCAGCCUUCACGGUACCGUCAACACCCCACAUCCAAUACCGACCCACCUACACGGAUGGUCCACCUUUACAGAACGGAAAGAAAAAAAAAAAACCACCAGGGAACUAUAUGAACCACUUUUCACCUGUUUGACUUGAAAACCACACGGCCCUGUGGUGACUCAGCAAUAGAACUCGGAUGGAGGCCCACAGGUGGGCCCUCCAAAACGCCACGUCACAGAAUCACACUGAAUUUUUUUGCUUUUGUUUUCCAACAUCUUCCCACGCCAUUUUUUGUACUUCCAAGUUGGCGUAAAUCUUGGGAUUGGAUGUUUUAAAAAGAAAUGGGACAUGAAGACAAGUUUGUUAGUCAAGACCGUUACAGUAUUUAAUGCCCAAGCCCGGCCGGCCCUCCCCGUGCUCCCAUUGGCUGUCGAGAGGGGGCCCCAGCCCGGUAAGGGAUGUAGUACAGAUUGUUCUUGAAUGUUUCAUAGUAGGAUAUAAUGUCAACAAUAAUAAUGAUUAUCAUGUGUGUGCAUCCACGAGAAGUCCACGUUACAUUUCAUUUUUGUAUUAGCGUUCUUUUCCUGCUAUUUUUCCGAAACCUCAUUCGCUUGCCAAUCAUAAAGGACCAACCGGAAUUCCGCGACGGAACAAAAGGGAAUUUCUCGUAUGUAAUACAUUUCUCCCACCUCUCUUUCUUUUUUUUUUUUUAAUUGUCACGUCCCCAACUCCUUUUAUUUCCCCACUCACCUCUAUCACUCUAUCUUUCCUGACCUCCCUCGUUCCCUCCAGUUUGUUACGGCCCUGCUGUGCAUGGCCGACCGCACACGACAACAAAAAGGGUGUAUUAUUUAUUUUGGGAGGGGUGCGGAGACGAAAAUGUACUGUGAAGAUGUGAUUGUGCACACGGAGAGAAAUGGAAAAGAAAAAAAAAUGCAACAAGUCCUGGCUCUUUGUGUGUAUGUGUGCGUCUUUACUACAUUUAUGAAAAAAAAUCUCAUGAGCUUCAACCAAAAACUUCAUGGGAAAAUAUUUGAAAAAAUCUUUGAUACCAUUUAAUGUUGAUAACAAUUAAAUAUGAAUAAUAUCAAAUAAAAUUUGAAAAUGUAUAUUGCAAAUUGUAUUGUAGUAAAUUAUAAGCUAUAUUUGAAAUAAUUUAAGUAUUUUCUUCCUGUUUAAAUUUCAGAUUUUUUAAUAUAAAAAAAUAAAUGUGAUGUUUUUUAUUAGCCAAUAAUUGUGUAGGCCGCAGCCCUUAAAAUACGCAUAAACCCAGUGACUAACUUUACAUUCUAUUUUAUUAUGUUUUCAUUCAGUGAAGUGUUAUUUCUGUUGGGAAAAAAAAGCAGGUAAGAAAAAGUAAUGAACGCUAUUGUACUUCAAAUAUUUGCACUUGAUUGAAAGUACACAAACACGUUGUUAGUGAACAUUUUUUCUUUCAAGCCCCUUUUUCCUUAGAACUCUCAGCCUAAUGGUAUAUGCUCUAUUUUCCAACAUUGUUGUAAAAAUAAAUCCGAUAUUUCAUA